GAAUGGGCGCCGUGGUCGUAUACCACUCUUACGUAUUCGUAAUCCAUGGGGUAAUGAAUGCGAAUGGAAAGGACCCUGGUCAGAUGGUUCGCGUGAAUGGCAGAGUAUAUCGCAACAGGAAAAAGACGAGAUGGAUUUGGAUUUCGCAUAUGAUGGAGAAUUUUGGAUGUCAUUCGAUGAUUUUAUGUGUAAUUUCGAGAAAAUUGAUAUUUGCAACUUAGGACCUGAUGUUAUGGAUGAAGUGAGUUGGAUUGAUUCUUACGCGUUCAUUGAAAUCGCUUC